AUGAAUUUCCACCGACACAACCACAAAUAUUCUGCUGUCAUCACGUCAGCUGAACGCGAUGCUCCAACAUCAUUUAUCGGUCGCAUAACAGGACGUGGUGGAUCAUCCCAAAGAUCUUCUCGUCGUUCAAGUCCAGAAGUUAGCAGUGCCAGAGUCACAAUUCAACGGCCAUCAAAAGGCGAUGUCAAAGAUAUUCCAACUGAUACAACAGCAGACUUGAAGAAAACCCCACCGAGAAGGGGGUCACAACCAGAUGAUUCUUGAACAAAAAGUGUGGAGAAUGAUGUGAUUUUCGAUGAAUGUUAUACAUAAUGUUGUUAUUUGUGUUUGUAUACUUGAAUUUUUCUAAAUGUGUAUUGU